GACAUCAACUCGCCAUGGAAACAUCUCGACCUUCCUGAACAACCACCACCUCUCCGGAACCUCCCGCAUGCACCGCGAAUUAGUGGUGACCACAACAGCAACGCACCUUAACGGCGGACUCUCCCCAGGCCACCGGAAGACACCAUCACCCUCAAUAUGAAUCGCGGUAUAUUGACGGACAGACAAGCCGACGAACUGCACAAGUCAAUCAUUGCAUACCUGUCAGCGAAUAACCUGUCCACGGCUGCCGAGACGCUGAGAGCGGAGCUGAGUCUCCGAGAAGAUGUCUUCGACCCGGACACAACAGCGAAAUACCGGUCGCUACUCGAGAAGAAAUGGACAAGUACAGUUCGAUUACAGAAGAAGGUAAUGCAACUCGAGUCUGUCAACAGCGAACUGCAAUCCAAAGUUGAGAGCGCAAGAUUGUCUCCAAACCUUUCCAAGCGCAACCAGGAUCCGGUGGACUGGCUCCCACAAUCUCCUCCCCGACAUCUGCUCGAGUCACAUCAAGCCACUGUCAAUUGUCUCGCAUUCCAUCCGACAUUUUCUUCCUUAGCAUCUGGCUGCGACGACUCUCUAAUCAAGAUCUGGGACUGGGAACUAGGCGAGCUCGAGAGAACGCUCAAAGGCCACACAAGAGCAGUACUCGACGUCGAUUAUGGCGGGCCAAAAGGCAGCAUCCUCCUUGCAUCUUGCAGCUCAGACUCGACCAUCAAGCUAUGGGACCCAGCCGACGGGUACAAGAACAUCCGCACGCUAGCUGGGCAUGAUCAUAGCGUUAGCGCAGUCCGGUUCAUCGCUGGCAGUGCGAAGUCCAGAAACAUGCUUGUCAGCGCCAGCGGAGACAAAACGCUAAAAAUAUGGGAUAUCACGGCGGGAUACUGCAUUAGGACACUACAAGGCCAUACCGCCUGGGUACGGGACGUGUGCUCCUCGGUGGACGGGCGCUAUCUCCUAUCUGCCGGUAGCGACCAGACAGCUCGGUUAUGGGAUAUCUCAGCGGCGGCCGACGGGGAAGACAAGCUGGUUCUUCCCGGCCACGAGAACGGUAUCGGCUGCUGCGCGUUCGCUCCGGCCGCUUCCUACGGUUAUCUGGCAAAAUUGGCCGGGCUGAAGAAGCCGCCGCCUGCGAGUAGCACGGCAGAGUUCAUGGCGACCGGGGCCCGGGAUAAGACCAUCAAACUGUGGGAUGUGCGCGGGGUGUGCUUCAAGACGCUCGUCGGGCACGAUAACUGGGUGAGCGGGAUCGUCUUCCACCCGGGGGGCAAGUAUCUCCUGUCUGUGGCCGACGACAAAACACUGCGAUGCUGGGACCUCAGUCAGGACGGGCGCUGCGUAAAAGUGCUGGCCGACGCACACGGGCAGUUCAUCACCUGUGUGCGAUGGGCGCCGCCUGUCGUCAAGAAGGAAGGGGAGCAACAGGCUGGCGAGGAUUCGGGUGAAGUGCAGAUCCGCCGCGUGAUUGCCACGGGUAGCGUCGAUAAGGCGGUAAGAAUCUUUGCGAAUUAACGUCAGAUCUGCCUGGAAACGGAAGCCAUGUUCCAUUGUGAAGCUGGUAGGGCGACAAGAGAUCAGCAUAGGUAUUCCGUACAGGUAGGCUAGAUACUAUCAGGUGUGCCCGCAUCGCCCGGACAACGGCUGCAUCAAUAUCAGGUGCCAGCGGCCGCCGAAGGUCUGGAAGGGUUGCCUCCUGUUGGGUGGUUUCUGAUUGUGCUACUAUGCACCCGGACCCUACCCUGUUAGUAGG